AGAGAGCUCACACACAGACUGGAUACACACUGCAAACACAACGGACAUGGAGAGGCACUGUCCACACACUCAGACUCUUAAUGGGGCAGAUUUUUCGAGACUUUAUUUUCCGUUACUUGUUUAAUUCACAGUCUGUUUUGAGCUGGUGUCUCUGCAGUAACAACGCCUAGUUAUGGAUCACAGUCUUCGGUGAACUUUAUCCUCUUGUUAUCAUGCUGACUUGUUAUCAGCUCAUGGUGUGUGAGCUCCCAGUGAAAUGAUGUGGCAGUUGCAGCUGUACUUUGACUGCGUGUGAGCUGUGUUCCAGCAGCAGGAGUAAACCCAUCAUGGAUCACAGAGGUCAGCCCUGGCCUGACCCUGGCCAUCAGUACCCCCACAGGACUAAAGACAGAGAGGACUACAGCAGGUACCCCCAGCAGGAGUGGGACCAGAGCUGUCCACCUCCAGACCCCAGAGAGAGGGACAGACCCUUGGCUCAUCCUGAUGCCCGCUACAGGCCUCACUACGCCAGUCCUCCUGCCAGACCUGAGCAGUAUCCCUCCAACUACCAGCAGUAUCCUUAUGGCCAUGGGCGAGCAGGCCACCAAAGACCCCAGUCCAGACAUGGGUAUGACUAUCCACCACACAGCCACUGGGACUACAGAGACAACUAUGGUUAUUACGAUCAGGACUACAACAGAGGACAGCAUGGUCGACAAGAUGCUGCCCAGCGGACUCCCCAAGAAUCACAGAGAGCAGACGGUUACCAUGACAGAAACUACAAGCAGGAACACUCAGGGGGCUCCUACUUAGAGGAGAACAGGUAUGACCACUGGAGAGACAACUCCCAGCAUCACAUCAAUAACUAUGAAGAAACUCCUUCCAGGGAGAAUGAAGAAACGUCCUCUUAUCACCUGGGGACAUUAGAAAGUUCUAAAGCCUCAGGAUUGUCUUCCAGCAGCUAUGAACUGAGUCAAUACAUUGGUGGAAGUGAACACAGUGACUCGGUGCCACCGACUGUUCACGCCUCUGAUGCAGACCAUGAACCCGUACAUCAGACAUCAGCUCCUCUGAAGUACUCCGUCCCUCACGCUGUGGUCAGCUUCGGACCUGCAGGGCAGCUGAUUCGAGUCACUCCAGGCUUUUCCACACAGAAGAACAUCAGUCGGCUGGAAAUCCACAGCCUGGAAGUUAUUCUGAGUGAGACACAGGAACAGCAGGAGAUGAGAAACUUCCCCGGUCCCUUAACUAGGGAAGAUUUGCACAAAGUAGAUGCUAUGGAUUUUGCCCAGAAGGAGGCAGGAGCCUGCACUAGUGAUGAAAAGCUGCAGGACAAGACCUCAGCUGCCCUCUUGUGGAAUCUGCUAAUACUGCUCUGCAGACAGAAUGGACAAAUAGUGGGAUCAGAUAUUGCAGAGCUGCUGAUGCAGGGCUCACGUUCAGAUGGAAGCUGGGAGCUAGAAGCCCCCACUCUCAUUGACUUCAGUGAGGGCACGGCUGCAGAAGCGCCACCUCAAACAGGAGAUGACCUGCUCACUGGAACUUGCAGCUUCAGCUCUGAGACCUCGGAGAAGGCCCUGCACAGUUACACUGAGCUGCUGCUGGCUGGAAGAAAGAAGGAGGCCUUGGAGUCAGCUAUGAGCAGCGGCCUGUGGGGGCAUGCACUUUUUCUGGCCAGCAAAAUGGACAGCAGGUCCUACACCAGCGUGCUGAGCAGGUUUACAGGCCAGCUAACGGCCAGUGAUCCCCUCCAGACUCUCUUCCAGCUGCUCUCUGGGAGAAUCCCUGCUGUUGCCACGUGCUGUGGAAAUGAAAAACUAGGAGACUGGAGGCCGCAUCUGGCCGUCAUGCUCUCCAAUGAGACGGGUGAUCCUGCUGUCCAGAGGAAAGCCAUCAUCACCACGGGAGACACACUGGCUUCCAGACGCCUCCUGCACGCCGCCCACGUCUGCUACCUGACAGCCGGCGUUCCCUUUGGGGCGUUCACACAGAAGGCAGAGAGACUGGUGCUUCUGGGCAGCAGCCACAGGCAACCUUUCGAGCACUUUGCCAAAAACUCUGCCAUCCAGUGCACUGAGUUGUACGAAUACUGCCUGACACUUGGAGAAAAAAGUUUUUCAAUACCGUCCUUUCAGGUGUUUAAGUUCCUCUAUGCCAGUCGACUGCUGGAUUGUGGACUUCCCUCUCAGGCCUUCCAUUACUGUGAGGUGGUUGGCCAAGCAAUCCUCCGACAGAGGGAGCCUUUCUUUGUGCUGACUGGAGAGGUUAUUAAGCUUGCAGACAGACUGAGACACACUGAGGGUCAGUUCAGUGAGGGAGGUGUUAGUGCAGCCGGGCAGGAACCUGAUUGGCUGAGACAGCUGCGUGCUAGGCACCACAGCUUACAGACUGGGAGUUACGACUGCACUGAAACAUACCAGCCAGAACCUGAGGUAUGUGCGUUGGCCCAUGAGGAUAGCGAAGUGAACUCAGAAUUGGACGACCUAAACCGUGACAUCCUGAGUCCUGAGCCUGAACUCCUUUACUACAGAGGCAAUGAGGAUCAAGAAAGCCUCCUGAAUCAAACUGAAGCAAGCACUAAGGAAAUGUUAUCAUCAAACAUCACAGGAGCUCAGCACUGGCCAGGAGCCAGUCCUCCGCUUCCAGUCACUGUGGUUAAUGCUCCCCUACUGUCCAAAGUGGCCCAGAGUCAAGACUUCAGUUAUCAUAACACAGAUAGUGCUGAAGUCAGAAGUGCCUCGACACAUUGUCCACCGAGUGAUGUGCCUUCAGCAAGAAGGGGGGCCUGGUCUUUCUCUGGAACAGACAUGAUGCCGGAGGCUGACAUCAGUCACCAGGGAUAUGACCAGCAGAGCACGCCAGAACAUUUCAAGCCCUCUGAGCAGAUGAACCAGCCACCGGAACAGGGCGCCAAGGGGGGGUGGUUCAGUGGCUGGUUCAAAUCCAAACCCAAAGAUGUCCAAAAGGAGAGUUCAGAGCAGAGGAGCACAGCUCAGACGGAGCUACCACCCACCACUGGCAUCUGUCCCGUCUCAAGGAAAGCAGUUUGACACAACGGGUCAGCAGCUGGGGUAGGAACCAUGUGAAGACCACUAUUCUACAUUUCAGGAGCAGUGACUGCAAAGUCUCAUAAGAGAAUUACCUGAGUUCAGAAGAACAGCAUCAAAGUCAAUUCCACUCAUUACUGCCCGCGUUUCUUUUUAAGGAUGUCCUUUCAAACCCCCACAGCUUGCUCACCAUCAUGUUACAUAUUAGAUACAGAAAUACUCUGAAGAUACUGGCACAGCAACUCAUAUUACAGCGACUGAAGCAGCUGAGGAGGGCUUCCCAAAAGCUGACAGUGGGGAAAUUACCAACGAUUGCAGGACAUGCUUGGUGAAGGGGAUACCUUAAUUAACCUUAGUAACUGUGUCUGCAUAAGGCAGCACUGAGGGAAGCUUUAAUGUGGUGGUAUGUAUGUAACUGCCCACUGAGUAUCAGUGCCAUCAGACUCUCACAGCUCACAUCUCUUUGAAAUGAUUAUCCUUAACACCUCAAAUGCUGAAAUAGAAUACCUAUGAGAUAAAUUAAAGUUAUUCUCAAAAGUC